AUGUGGCUAGCUCAGCCCGAUGUGGCCGAGAGAUUGAAGAUCUCAGAUGUUGCAUGGAACAGUGCGAGUAACCAGUGGCUUUCCGACGAGGAAGCAGCCGCUUUCCAAUCGAGUGGGCCAUAUGAGCCAUCUUUCGUCCAGUUUGGGGCGGACGCGAUGAGGGACAAGUCUAUAUUUGUCACCAUACUACCCAAAGACAAGGACUUCUUUUCUGUAUGCCCCAUCAUUUCAGUCCAGGAAGGAGAUUUUCUUGGAGUUUUUGCUGGGAUGGUUCGCUACUCGACGCCCUGCAACGUCACCUAUGGUGUGCCGGGCCCUGGCGCCUGUUUGAUGGAUGCUGAUUUGAAACGUGGUAUAACGUUCAACUCGACCCAACAUGCUAAAGGUGCUGGACACUCGUGGACUAGCCUCUGUUUUAGACGAUAUUAA